CCAAUCCCUUCCUUUGUCUCGCGUUUGGCAUGGCCCUUGAUAUUGGCACUACGCUUUGCGUAUGUCGAUGGUGCUAUGGGAGGCAUGCUGGCCUGCUGCAAGGAGGAGAAGAUGGAGAUUCGCAAGCGUGACCACUCCCAGGUCUCCAAAGCGCCCAUUGUGGAGGCUGAGCAUGGGAAGGCGCGUGCCAACCUGUCAGUCAAGGCAGGUGCUUUCUCCAUUGGGGCCUUUGCGGCAUCUAACCGUGGGAAGUUGGAGGACUUUUACGAGGUCGAGCACAAGGUCAUCGGGGAAGGGUCCUAUGGAUCAGUGCAGAAGUGCAUGUACAAGGAUACGGGGCAGUGGAGGGCGGUCAAGACCAUCAACAAGAAGUUUGUCAAAGAUCCAAAACAGUUUCAGGAGGAGAUGGCAAUCAUGAAACUCUUGGACCAUCCGAACAUCGUGCGCCUGUAUGAGACCUUCGAUGAUGAGCGGAACGUGUACCUGGUGUUGGAGCUUUGCUCUGGAGGAGAGCUCUUCGAUCGCAUCGUGGCCGAUGGGAAGUUCACCGAGCAGGUGGCAGCUUUCUGUGUGCAGCAGAUGCUGCGGGCUGUGAACUACAUGCACAUCAAUGGCAUCAUGCACCGCGACUUGAAGCCUGAGAACUGGCUCUUGGCAGAGACAGAGGCUAUCGAGAAGACCUACUUGAAGUUGAUUGACUUUGGCCUCUCCAAGCGCUUCAGUCCGGGAGACUUCGCCAAGACCAAGGCAGGAACUCCCUACUACGUGGCCCCUGAGGUGCUUUCAGGGCGUUACAACGAGCUCAGCGACGUUUGGAGCAUCGGUGUGAUCAUGUACAUUUUGCUGAGUGGCUCGCCUCCCUUCUCGGGUGCGGACACCAUGGCGGUCCUAGACUCGGUGAGACAGGCGGACCUCUCCUUCGAUCAGAAGGAGUGGUCUGCCAUUUCAAAGGAAGCGAUGGAUAUGCUGAAGGUGCUCCUAAUGAAGGACCCAAGUCAACGGGUCACUGCAGAUUCAGCUUUGAAAGAAGCUUGGCUUACAAAGCAGCAUGCGUCGCACGACUUGACGCAAGCCUCGCAGGUAGUUGUGCAGAACCUGAAAAGCUUCGCGGUGAUGAACAAACUGAAGAAGGCGGCUCUGAACGUCAUUGCCACGCAGCUGACGGACGACGCUAUCAAGGACCUCAAGGAGCUGUUUAUGGCCAUGGACGACAACAAUGAUGGCACUUUGAGUGUGGCUGAGCUCAAGGAGGGCCUCACCAAGGCUGGGGUGGCAGUGCCAGCAGAUUUGGCGGCAAUGAUGGAGAGGAUCGACACCGAUGGCAGCGGGGUCAUUGACUACUCGGAGUUCAUGGCAGCCACCUUGGACAAGCGUCAGUGGGUGGCCGAGGAUGCCUGCUGGCGCGCCUUCAAGACGUUUGACCAAGAUGGCAGUGGCCACAUCGACAAGGAGGAGACCGAUCCAGUAAGUAUAGCUAAUAGUUGGAGGCCAUCGCCGCUCGGGUGGACCAUCGCUAUUAGCUUGGAGGCCAUCGCUAUUGGGUUUGGAGGCCAUCGUCAUUUUGUUUUUUCGCUGACCUUUGAUUGUCUCAUGGGUCGAGUCGUUGGUGGAGCCCCUUGGCCGCCGUGGCGCUCAACGUCAUCGCCCCGGACACAUCGAUGGCCCCUUGGCCCGAAGGAUUGUGGUGCAAAGUCCUGAUCAGCCCAGACGACAAGCCACCCCCUCCUGGCAGGUCACCUUUCCAAGACAACAAACGCGUCAAUACGCCACCCCACUCUCCAACAAGUCUUUGCUCGUCGCUGCGCAGUUUCUCAGCGUGGCAGCUUUCACAGGAGCUGAUGAAACUGCUGGGUGGUGGCUUGUCUCAAAAAUCGGAGCCUGAAAUAAUGCAUGCUGAUUCGUCCCGAGACCGAAGAACAAGAGUUUGUUUACUCUAGUUUUUGGAUCGGAAAGAAAGUGUUGCCUUUCUGAGUGGCUUCAUGAUACCUUGCAUGUCUUCUGUCCCGGAUUUCUUUCGUCCACGCAAUGAUGCCAAUGAUGCCAUGAUACUAUAUAGCCUAUUAUUAUAUAGCUCUCCUCCGGGUGACGGGCAAUGAAGCCACACUCUUCAAUGGCAGGUCUUUGAAAGAGACAUGUCAUGCCAAAAGAUAAAGUCUUGUGGAACUGACUGAACAGGGCAAGUUCACGUCUAGAUUCUAGAUCUCGAGGGGUCAGAGUUGAAGUCUAAGUAGAUAGAAAUAGGGAGCAAUUUCAGAGACAUUUCUGAAGCGGGUUCAUGUUUCAUUUAUUUUGAGGUAGAAGGACCUACAGAUGUGUGCUGGCUUUGCAAGUUGUUUGGAGCUUCGUCUGCUCCGAAAUGGCCAGGAAACACCUUGGUGAGUGACGUAAUGCAGAUCAAGCUCCUUGCCUCGUUUUUCUGUAGCGAUUGUCGAAGUCUUCAUGCAUGUUUUGACCACUAAAGCUUUCAUAGUUUCGAAGUGAGUUUUCGGGAAAUGGAUCUACAGAUAGCUACAGUCUUGGUUGUGUGGGGGGAGGGGAGCUCUGUUUGUGGGUGCCACCGGCUCCCAGGUACACGGCCAAAGAGGUGGAUGCCAUCAUGAAGGAGGUGGACCUCAACGGUGACGGUCGAAUCGACUUCGAGGAGUUCAUGACCAUGAUGCGGAAGAUGCCCAAGGAUCGGAAAGCCAUCAUAGGGAUCGGCCUGCAACCGUCCAAGGCGGCGAAACAGGUGUAACCAAGGCGGAGGGUCCUUUUUUGCUUUUCGUUCGUUUUUGGCCAACAGGUUUGGCUAGACAGGUGGCCGAAGCGAUGCCAACAGGCGGAAGAGCCGUUUCAAGGUGUUUCACCGUGCGCCAAUGUGCGCAGACCGUUAGUGCACCCUGCCCACAUGGUGGGCUGCGAAAGAAGCCAGAGAGAAA